AUGGGCGGAAUCGACGUGGCUUCUGUGGUUGUGUCCAUCAUCUCAGCCUUCGGCAGUGGAAUGGAAGUUUUCUAUCGCCUAGGAGGAAAGAAACGAAAGUCAAGUGCGAGACUUCCCCGGCCAUGGGAGGAACAGGAAUGGGUCAAGGAAUCGCUGAAAACUCGACCGUUGCAGAUUAAACAUGAAUACGAGCAGAGUGUGGUCAAGUUCGGCCGUAGGUUCGAGGUCGGAGACAGCGCAGCGCAUUCAAGUUUGGCACACACGCUCUUGGCUCUCAAUACCGGUCUGAUCAAUCUGAUCAAUUAUGCGCUAUCAGCAGAUCCAAAGUCACAAGUCAUGUCCCAGAAGGCAUUGUUCAACCUCUCCGAAACUGCUGCUCUGGAUACCAUGACAGCACUGGGUCAACUGAAAACACGGCUUAGCCUUGCCUCACAGCCCAGGCUACCACUCGAGCCGAAGGAGAAUCAACUGCCCGAUGACAGGAACAGUCAUCGCCAGAGUCGAAAGAGCAACUCGAAGUCACCAUCAAAGACACAUAACCGACCAUCUCCGACACCACUCCUAGUUCGUGGGGGGUGGAUUAGAUCAAAGAGCGGAUCUUCAAUCGUCUCUGUCACUGCUGCCAGGAAAGCGAGAGAACACAAGGGAACAAGGACUGAGAAGCACAGCAGGAGCCAGUCGAAUUCAGCAGCUAUGAAAUCUCCGGCUUCUCAGGAUGACUUGCAUAUCCGCAAGCAGUCUGAUGGAGAACACAGUGUGGUGUCAAAUUGCACUCACAAAACCGAGGACCGUCAAUUUCCCGAAACAAUAACACCACGGGGCCAUGGCUCAGAUAAACACUCAACAUUUCAGACACAGAUAUCAGAGGGAGACUCACGGCCUCAGAGGCAGCCUAGCAUGCUGAUUGUCCCGGCUGAUUUCUUCGACACUCAUGUACCGGCCAGACAGUCUCAAGGCCUUAUGCCUCCGCCUCGACCUCCAAAGAUUCCUCUUGACUCACGGUCUAGGCCAAGGCCUGGUCACCACGGUGCACGCCCAACAUCGACCAUGACAAUCAUGACUGCGAGUACCAAGAUCGGCGAAAUUCCGGAAGGUCCAUGGACUGAGAGGGUUGAUGCUGUUCAAGAUCUAAGGUCGAGGAGCCCGGCUUACACCAUACCGCCUCUCGUAGAGAGGAGCGAGCCGAAGAAAAAGAAAGGUCUUAAAUUUUGGAAACGAGACAGAAAGGGCGCGCUAUAG